AUGGCUCAGUGUAACAUGUGCAUUGUAAAAUGUGAGAGCUAUGAAGAAGCUGCUCUAGAUGAGUCAUGGAAAAAUGCAAUGAAAUCUGAGCUGGAAAUGAUUGAGAAAAACAACACUUGGGAGCUAGUUGACAGCCUAUUUGAUAAGCCAAUCAUUGGUGUUAAGUGGGUCUAUAAAACCAAGCUGAAUCUUGAUGGAUCUGUGCAGAAAAACAAGGUCAGACUAGGGGCAAAAGGCUAUUCCCAAAAACCUGGAAUAGACUACAAUGAAACAUUUGCUCCAGUAGCAAGGUUGGACACUAUUAGGACCUUGAUAGCACUUGCUGCACAAAAGGAAUGGAACUUAUAUCAAUUGGAUGUAAAAUCCAUUUUUCUGAAUGGAGUUUUAAAGGAAGAAGUUUAUGUUGAGCAGCCACAAGGAUUUGUGAAGGAAAACGAAGAAACCAAUGUGUAUAAGUUGAACAAGGCUUUGUAUGGGCUGAAGCAAGCUCCAAGAGCCUGGUAUGAUGAGAUAGAUUCCUAUUUCAUCAAGGCAGGUUUUAAGAAGAGCUCUAGUGAAGCAACACUUUAUGUCAAAUCUAGUGAAGCUUCAAGUAUCAUUAUUGUUUCACUAUAUAUGGAUGAUAUUAUACACACUGGAAGCUGUCCAAAACUACUUGAAGAGUACAAGAAUGAUAUGAUGUAG